AUGGCGGAGUACGACAGCUACGACGACCGGGACCGGGCCUACAGCAGCUUCGGCAGCCGCGGGCCUCGUGGAGGCAGUGGAGGAGGAGGUGGCGGCGGCAGCAGGAAGCAGAAGGAACUGCCCAUGGAGCCUCCGUACACAGCGUACGUUGGGAACCUACCAUUCAACACGGUUCAAGGCGACAUUGACAGCAUCUUCCAAGAUCUACAGAUCAGGAGCGUCCGGCUGGUCAGGGACAAGGACACGGACAAGUUCAAAGGUUUCUGUUAUGUGGAGUUUGACGACUUGGAGUCGUUAAAAGAGGCGCUAACGUACGACGGAGCGUUGCUCGGUGAGCGGCCGCUGAGGGUGGACAUCGCAGAGGGGCGUCGACAAGAACGAGGAGGCGGGAACUUUGGCUUCAAGAACGACAGCCGAGGAGGAGGUGAGAGAGGCCGCGGCGGUGGUGGGCGGGGCUUUAGGGAGCGAGGAGGCGGGCGCGAUUUUGGAGAGGAUGGCAGCGAUUGGCAGGACGGAGGUUUCCGUGGAGAUGACGACUUAAUGGGGGGGAGGGGAGGGCGAGGCGGUCGUCCCAGCGACAGGAGGGGGGGAGGAGGGGGAGCCGUGGGUCGCUUCAGAGAAGGCCCCCCCCCACGCGGAGCACCGCCCACAGACUUCAGGGAACCGUCUGAAGAGGAGAGAGCACAGAGGCCCCGCCUUCAGCUGAAGCCUCGUACAGUUGCUGGUCCUCUGAACCAGGUGGCCAACCCUAACUCUGCCAUCUUUGGAGGAGCCAAACCCCGAGAGGAGGUGAUCCCCAAGGAAAAACCAUAG